AUUUCCUGAUAACAAAAGGAAAACAAAAUUAGACUGCCUGCUCAAUAUAAUUGUUGUAUGUUUCCUGAUUUGGAUUAUUAUUUGAAUCGCUGUCCACCAGAGGAGGGACAACGAUCGUAUCUCCAGCCUUUUCGAAAGCAACAGUACACGAAUUUUAUGUUACUCGGAUCACGAGAACUAUUUGACAUUGUCGGUAGACAAACAAAUUUAUGUAUAGUUAUUUAAACCAUUACGGUAGGAGCGUUAAUUGCUUGUUUAUUUGCAAAAAGAGAUCACAAAGUUCGCAUAUACGAAUAUCGACCAGAUAUACGGGUAGCAGACUCAAGAGGGCAAAGCAUAGAUCUCAGUCUUUCUCACCGUGGAAGAGCAGCUCUAAGAGAAGUUGGUCUAGAAGAUUUGAUUAUCAAUCAUCAUGCUAUGCCCAUGCGAGGUAGAAUGAUACACAUGAAAAGUGGAAAACUCAGUGAGAUGAUAUACGAUCGCGUUCACAAGAACUGCAUUUAUUCCGUAAAUAGAAUGUACUUGAACAAAGUUUUAUUGGACGCUGCUGAAAAAUACCCCAACGUCCAACUGAACUUCAGUGAAAAACUUAUAGAAGCUGAUUUGGAAAGUGGAAAAAUGAAGUUUUUAAAUACCCACACGCAAGAAAUAUUAGAAACUCAUGCUGAUCUUAUAAUUGGAGCAGACGGUGCAUUCUCAACAGUAAGAAAGAUAAUGUCAAAACGUCCUCGUUAUGAUUGUGGACAAACGUAUAUUGAUCACGGUUAUGUGGAACUUUUUGUCCCACCUGCAAGUGGAGAUAAAUUUGUGAUGAGUAAUAAUCACCUACACGUUUGGCCAAGAGGAGAAUUUAUGAUGAUCGCCUUACCCAAUAGUGAUAAAUCUUUCACCGGUAAUUUGUUUGCACCGUUCAAAACUUUGGACAGCCUUAAUACACCCGAAAGACUUUUGCAAUUCUAUCGAGAACAAUUUCCUGAUGUUUUACCCUUGAUUGGAGAAAAUAAAUUAGUUGAUGACUUCUUCGAGACCGAACCAAAAACUCUGAUAUCAAUUAAGUGUAAACCAUACCAUGUUGGAAACACUGCUCUUAUCAUUGGAGACGCUGCCCAUGCCAUGGUUCCAUUUUAUGCCCAGGGGAUGAACGCUGGCUUUGAGGAUGUACUUCUACUUGACGAACUAAUGCAACGCUACGAUUCGGAUCUCUCCAAAGUUUUACCAAUGUUUACUGAAGUUCGAUGCGACGAUGCUCACGCCAUUUGUGAUUUGGCGAUGUAUAAUUAUUUGGAGAUGAGAGACUUAGUUGCUAGAAAGUCUUUUAUGUUGAGAAAAAGUUUAGACACAAUGUUAUACAGAUACUUUCCUAACAAAUGGAUGCCACUAUACGAUACGGUUCAUUUUUCUAGGAUGGGAUUUAGGAUGUGCAUGAAAAACAAAGCAUGGCAAGAUAAGAUAAUCCAAAGAACUAUUUGGUCAGCUGGUAUGAUGCUGCUAGUCAUCUUCCUUGGUCUAAUGAUUCAUUAAUUUUAUCAAUAAAUAACUACAAGUAAUAUAUUAACAAAGAAUCCCCAACUGAAAAUAUUUAUAUCAAUAGUAACGUUAACCUACUUUGCUCUACGUUUAAAAUAAAAGUUAGAUUCUAGAAAAAAGAGGACCUCACCUAAUGUGUAGAUUUUUAUACAAUAAUGUAUAUUUGAUUGUAAUACAAAUUAUUUAACAAAUAAAAAUUUAUAGAAAACAA